AUGGAACUGGAGAAAUCUACCAACGCGACUUCAUCGGUAUUGAACUCGAAUACUAGUGUUACUGAUCAAAGAUGGAGCAACUCGGACAAAAAUCCCAUAAACUGGGCCAAUUCCAAGAAAUAUCAAACGAUAGGAUUAAUCUCCUUCCAAGCAUUCAUCUCGCCUCUUGCGAGCUCCAUUAUGGCACCCGGUUUUCCAGAAAUCGCCAAGAAAUACGACAUCAAGUCCGAUACAGGUUUGGCUCUGACUCUGACCAUAUAUCUUCUGGCGUGGGCACUUGGGCCACUCGUCUUUGCCCCGUUGUCCGAGAUUUAUGGGCGGAGGUGGGUGAUCAACAUCUCGAGCGUCAUAUUCACCGCGUUUAGUAUUGCGUGCAUCUUCGCUAGGUCAACGGGAGAACUAAUCGCUUUUCGAUUCUUGGCUGGAAUUGGAGCAUCGACACCAAUAUCAAUUGCCGGUGCGGUGAUAGCCGAUCUCUUCAUCCUGCAAGAACGAGCUCCGGCCAGCGCUAUAUAUGGCCUGGGCUUGCUCAUUGGGCCUCCGACUGGACCUAUCAUGGGAGGAUACCUGACUCAGAUGGUUGGGGUUCGCUAUGGCUUCGUCUUAACGGCCGCUCUCGGUGCUGCUGCAUUGAUCCUCUGCGUGUUCUUUCUCCCCGAGACGGAUCAUGCACUCAUUCAGUCGAAUGAUGGCUCACAGAGAAGAAGAUUGCCAACGUUCUGGAAAAAAGAAACGAUUGGCGAAAGAGAGGGCAUUUCUGUCUCACUGAUGGGCCCUAGAGCUAGAGAAGCAGCUCUACGUCCUUUGGUACUUCUUAUAAGAAGCCCCAUUUGCCUUAUCAUGAGUUUCUAUGGAGCACUUGUUUAUGGCUUUCUAAACAUGUUUUUCACAACUUUUCCAACAAUAUUUGGCGGCAUAUAUGGAUUCCAGCCUGGCCCAACUGGCUUGACGUACAUAGGAGGAGGACUUGGUGAAUUAUGUGCCACGGCUCUGGGUGGAUGGGUGGGAAACACAGUCUACCACAAUUUGACAAAGAAGAAUGGCGAUAUCCCCAAGCCGGAAUUCCGAAUGCCGGGAAUGCUCCUCGGCUCCAUCGCCGUCCCCAUUGGACUCUUCUGGUUCGGCUGGACAGCACAGACGCACCAGCACUGGAUGCUUCCCAUUAUCGGUUCGUCCAUCUUCGGAUUUGGCAUGAUGUCCAUUCUUUUGCCGCUGCAGCUCUACUUUAUCGACGCCUUCAAGUACUCUGCGGCUGCUCUGGCAGCUGCCGCGCUCGCCCGCUCGCUCCUCGCAUUCGCAAUACCCCUUUUCGCCCCACAAAUGAUUGAUGCCAUGGGACUGGGGGGAACAUAUUCAUUCCUUGGCGGACUGAGCAUCGCAAUAGGAAUCCCGCUGCCUCUGUGGGUGUAUUUUCAGGGGGAGAAGAUUCGAGCGAGAAGUGAUUUGAACAAUUGA